AUGGCAAACAUACCUGCAUCCGACAAUGUUGUGCGCGUGAAGUUGAUCGACACGUCCACCGCCAUGGUCGGGGACAUGACCGCCUUCGCUAGGCCAGUGGUAGCGGGGCAUGAGGUCAUCAACUUCUGUUCACUGGCUUUUCUUCUCGAGAAUGAAAAGUUGGGAAAGAAGGCACUGUUCGACCUUGGUACGCGGAAGGAUUACUGGAAGCUGCCCAAAGCCGUGCUCCAGCUGAUUGGGAAAGGAUGUGUGAUCUUUGGGAUGAGGGUGGAUGAGGGCAUUGAUGAAGUUCUCACGAAGGGGGGCGUUGACUUGAACACUAUUGACAGCUGUAUCUGGUCGCAUGCUCAUUUUGACCAUCGCGGUGACAUGGCCCUCUUCCCCAAAUCUACCAAGCUGGUCAUGGGCCCCGGGUAUCUUUCUGACAAAGAAAGACCCGGAGGAGUCGGUGAUCCUGAGGCUGCGGCGGAGUUUGAGGGCAGACCGCUCGAGGAGGCGAAAUUCGACAGCGGCUUGAUUGGAAAGUUCAGGGCUCAGGACUUCUUUGGUGAUGGGUCGCUCUAUCUUCUUGAUGCCCCUGGUCACCAACCAGAGCAUAUUUGCGCACUCGCACGAACGACUCCCUCCUCAGCACCCGGCGGGGCUUCUUUCGUAUUCUUGGGCGGCGACAUCUGUCACUUUGCCGGUGUCUUCCGCCCAACGGCAGAGACGCCGCUACCGAAGGAAAUACCCGCGAGCGCUAUCUCACUCCGUAACGACUGGGCUUCGAGAUCGGUUUGCCCAUGCUCGUUCUUCACCCCUCAUCACCCUCGUGCGGAAAAUGAAGACUCGGCUCGCACCUCCUCAUGGUACAAUCUCCCUGAUGGUGGGCACGUAUACACAGAUCUCGAGAAAGCCUCCGCCUCGGUGUCGAGAAUGAGCGAGCUUGACACGAGAGAUGAUGUGAUGGUCUGCCUUGCUCACGACGCAAGCUUACUCGAUGUUCUGCCUGUUUUCAACAAGGAUCCUACGAGAGACAUUAAUGACUGGAAGAAGGAGGGCUGGAAGGCAACCACGUAUUGGAGCUGGUUGAACGAGGUAGCCGUUGACGGGAAGAAGCCCCGGGAACCCGUUGUGGACGGUUUCUGGAAGGAUGGGAAGCAAUGGGACUUUGAGGCGUAUAAGUCUGCUCUGUAA